AUGACUAUCGGACCCCAUGUGUCUGUAAGCUUAGACCCCAUGUGUCCGUGUGCUCAGACCCCAUGUGUCCGUAAGCUUAGACCCCAUGUGUCCGUAAGCUUAGACCCCAUGUGUCCGUGUGCUCAGACCCCAUGUGUCCGUGUGCUCAGACCCCAUGUGUCCGUGUGCUCAGACCCCAUGUGUCCGUGUGCUCAGACCCCAUGUGUCCGUAAGCUUAGACCCCAUGUGUCCGUAAGCUUAGACCCCAUGUGUCCGUGUGCUCAGACCCCAUGUGUCCGUGUGCUCAGACCCCAUGUGUCCGUGUGCUCAGACCCCAUGUGUCUACCCCAUGUGUCUGUAAGCUUAGACCCCAUGUGUCCGUGUGCUCAGACCCCAUGUGUCCGUAAGCUCAGACCCCAUGUGUCCGUGUGCUCAGACCCCAUGUGUCUACCCCAUGUGUCUGUAAGCUUAGACCUCAUAUGUGUCCGUGUGCUCAGACCCCAUGUGUCUGUAAGCUUAGACCCCAUGUGUCCGUGUGCUCAGACCCCAUGUGUCCACCCCAUGUGUCCGUGUGCUCAGACCCCAUGUGUCCGUGUGCUCAGACUUCAUGUGUCCGUGUGCUCAGACUUCAUGUGUCCGUGUGCUCAGACCUCAUGUGUCCGUAAGCUUAGACCUCAUGUGUCCGUGUGCUCAGACCUCAUGUGUCCGUGUGCUCAGACCCCAUGUGUCCGUGUGCUCAGACCCCAUGUGUCCGUGUGCUCAGACCCCAUGCGUCCGUGUGCUCAGACCUUCCUGUUGAAGAACAGCUCAUAA